AUGUAUCAAAUAGGCUUUAACCUGUUCUACUGCCUCAAAUGUGCGGUAACGACAGGACACUCUAUUGUUGUCAAAUGUACGGAAAGUGAGACUCUGAAGCACGGGCCUGAUCUCAGAAAAGACAAGCGGCACCAGGCUCGGGAAAAAGCUUCAACCAAACUAAAGUAUUUGUCGAAAGUUAAUGAUAACCCUGUCACAAACGCCACCGUGCAAGCCGACGCCGUGACGUGGUCGGUUUGCGCUCUGCUUAGGCACUGA